AUGGAAAACGUUACAUUUCUUAAUGAGUAUUUCAAUGACGAUCUGGUGAUACGACUGCGCAGCGAUUCGAGUGGAAUAUACAAUGAUUUGGACGAAAACAUGACUCAGAAUGAGUACGAACUUUUAAAGCAGCCUUCGUACAUGAUAGUCUUGUAUGCCCUGAUGUACGGGCUCGUGUUUGUGUUCGGGCUGCUUGGAAACACUUUUGUCAUAGCUGUGAUAUACAAAGAGCCGAGUAUGCACAAUGUCACGAAUUAUUUCAUUUUGAAUAUGGCAGUCGCGGAUUUGAUGGUUGUUCUAUUCUGUGUGCCCAUCACGUUUUUAGGAAGUAUAUUUACGGGCUGGAGGUACGGGGAAUUCAUGUGCAAGGUACCUGGCCAUCUGCUACAGUCGGCGCUCGAAGAUCUCGCGCUGUGCUUCUAG